CUAUCUGUCAUCAUGUCUUUUCAGGUUCGAAAGUUUGCUGGUCAAAUUGUCAGCCGAGUGACAAGCAUUUACGUCUGUCACUCGCGUAAAAUACUCUCGAAUAAUGGAUUCUGUAGUACAAGUUUCUUCCAGGCAGGACAAAGCACAUUCCAUACUUCUAUGUCUCCAUUGCUGCCUGACAGCUCUGAGAUAAGUCGUUAUCCAAUACCACCCAGAGAGAGCCUUCCAGAAGAUGUUCAAAGGACUAUGAAUGAAGUUGAAGAAAAGGGAGGUUUUUUACCAAAUGUGUUUCAAACUCUCUCAUACAGACCGGAUGAAUUCAGAGCAUUCUUCAAUUACUACGAUGUGUUGAUGGCCACAGAUAGAGGAAACUUGACGAAGGCAGACAAAGAGAUGAUAGUUGUGGCAACCAGUUCAAAGAACAACUGCUUGUACUGUAUCAUAGCUCAUGGAGCCUUGCACAGGAUCUAUUCUAAAAAUCCAGUAUUGGCUGAUCAAAUUGCAGCCAACUGGCGUACUGCGGACUUGGAUGAGCGUCAGAGGGCAAUUCUGGAAUUUGCGAUGGAUGUGGCAAAUUGUGAAGCACCGUCUGAAGAUAGGCUCAAGAACUUAGAGAAGCAUGGAUUGGAUAGAGAUGAUGCCUGGGACAUAGGAGCUAUUACAGCAUUUUUUGCUAUGUCCAACAGAAUGGCAUUCGUAACAAAUAUGAAACCUAAUGAAGAAUUUUAUAUGUUGGGAAGAAUGCCUCGUGAAAAAAACUCCUAGAUUUUUAAUUUGACGACUUGGAUUUGGAAAUCAAAUGAAGAUCUCUAUUAUUAUGUAUGUCAAUGUUUUAUCAGUGUGGCAGCAGAUUGGUUGUCUCCCCUGAUUAAUUGUACAUUUAGUGUUGAGAGCCAUGCUUUUUAUGAAAACUCAUUUUAUUGUCUGACUUUUUUGUAACAGCAGGCAUCAUUUGACAAACUCUCAGCUCACAGCUGAGGGUGAUACUGCUGGCACUGGGCAAGGAAAACGUGUAGAAAAUAUUGUUCACUGCUGGGAGUUAGAAUCUGAAUGCUAUAAACAAUAUCCAGAACAGAGAGAUUCAUAGCAGCAUAGCUGGGCUAUCUUCAUUUUUUUCUCUCUUUUUUUUUUUUAAAAUUAAUUUUGACAUUCUUACGUCAAUGGAAUAAAUCAGUGGUGUUUAGUAGUAGUAUAAGCAGUGCACUGUAUUGGCAUAUGUGCAUUUAAUCAGUCAUUGGGUUAUUGAACAGGAGCUUCUAUACUGACGACCUUUGCACUGACAAUGACGUGCAAUGUGAUACACUUAGAAUCAAGGUACUAGUAUUAUAUAUAAAAUUUUAACCUUAAAUUAAACUUUUAUUGUAGCAUGUAUUCAGGUGCAUUUUAGUAGCUGGAGAAAACAAUCAAGUAACAAUGAACAAAGGCACGUAGUUUUGAUUGCACAUGUACCGAUGUGGAGGAGGCGAGAUAUGUAUAUAGUGUAUUUAAAUUUAAAAUUGAGAUUUCUAAGUUAGAGUAUAACACACAGCAUAUUUAAAAACACUUUGUAAUUAUAAAAGAACAAUAUAAAAAACCCUUGAAAAAAUGUGGACUCCCAGUGUUCAUGCUUUAAUAACAACAAUGUCCUUCAGAACAUCCUUGUAGCACUAAUAGUAAAUUUAGACUACUUCCAUAUUGGAUCAAAUUCCAAUUGGUGAUCAAGUUCAAAUUGCUGAUCCAUUUGGUGAUCCAAUUCACCUAAUAAACAAAUACAAUAAAUCGCCUUAUUCCAAGUUUUGGCCACUUUUUAGUCAAGUUAUGCUCAUUAUGACUGAUGUGGUUAGUUAGACUGGAAAAUGUUGCUCUGGGUGUUAAUUUCUUGAAGUCUGUUACAUAAUUUUGUAAUUUCAAAUUCAUGAACUAAAUGUGAUGGAAUGGCCAGUGGAAGAGAAAUUUGCUUGUUUGUGUGGGGUUUGACCAUCUCUCUGAAGAGUUCCAUUGAAGCCUCACUUAACUGCCACUCCUGAUUUGACCAGGGGAGUGAUAUAACUCCUGAUAUGACCAGGGUCCGGUUUCAUGAAGCUCACUUAGCUAAGUAAGCCCUUAACUACAAUGGCUUAGCUACCAUAAGCUAAGUGCACUUAGCUAAGGGUAACUUAACACUAAGUAAGCUUCAUGAAACUAGCUCGUGUCAUUGUAUGCUCACACCAAACAUGAGACUCCAUCCAGUCACAUAAUACAAGACAUAUAGACAGAGACACCACAACCCAAUCACACAGUAAACUGACCCAGGUAUGACAACUCAAUAACUGCGUGUAUUGGCUCCAGAUGAGACACCCCACCCAGUCACAGUACAGGACACCAAACUCGGUUUCAAAGUAUACUGAAACCAGACACUAUGGCUCAUCCAGACAAGUAUACAGGAACCAGGUAAGAAGGCCUGCCCAGUCAAUAUACUGACACCGGCUAUGACACCCCAUGCAUCCAGUCAUAGUAUACAAUACGCAGACACCAGACAUUCCCUGUACAACAUCUGAACAUGGCACUGUCUAACUAAAUGCACAUCACAU